UGUGAUUACUCAAAUUACCUGAUUGGGACACUUUGCUUCUUUUUAAGGAGCCUGCAGGAACUGCUGGAUUACCCUGAUGACAAUGUUGAAGAAACAUUCUGCCUCAAUUUUGCGAUUCUUCGAGAAAACUAUGGCCUUACAGAGCUCCAGGAGCUGGUUCCCGGAGGUAAGAACGUGCCUGUGAGGAAGGACAACAGGAAGGAAUUUGUCCAAGCUUAUGUGGACUACAUCUUCAAUAACUCUGUCCAGGAGCUCUUCUCGGCUUUUUCCUGUGGUUUCCUCAAGGUUUGCGGAGGGAAGGUGCUUCAGCUUUUCCAGCCCAAUGAGCUGAUGGCCAUGGUGGUGGGGAACACCAGUUACAACUGGAAGGAGUUAGAAAUGAGUGCAAUAUACAAAGGGGAUUACCAUCCUGCACAUCCUACUAUAAAGAUAUUUUGGGAAGUAUUCCACGAGUUUCCUUUGGAAAAGAAGAAGUUGUUUCUGCUGUUUUUGACUGGAAGUGACCGCAUUCCUAUUUAUGGGAUGGCAAGCAUUCGGAUGACCAUUCAGCCCACUGCUGGAGGGGAGAGCUACCUGCCUGUGGCUCAUACCUGUUACAACCUGUUAGAUCUCCCCAGGUACUCCAAUAAACUGAUGCUGAGCACCAAACUCACUCAGGCUAUUAGUCACCAUGAAGGCUUCAGCUUGGUAUGAAAUGAACCCUUUCACUCUUGUCCUAGAUAGGGCAUUUAUCGAUUUUAAUAAGCACUUUAUUAUUAUUAUUAUUAUUAUUAUUAUUAUUAUUAUUAUUAUUACUAUUAUUAUUAUGAGAUUAUUUUACAAAAUACGGUCUCAUUCCUUCUUGUCCUGAAAGAUUAUUUUACACAAUAAUCCGAGAGAUGAUCCUUUUGGCGAUGAUUCCAAACUGUCAGGUACAUUUUUAAGAGUCAACUGCUUUUGCUGCAGCUGCAUUAUUUUUUAAAGCAUUAAGUUUUUUUUAUUGGAACGGUAAUGAGUUUUUAAUUGGCGUUACGUUAAAAGGGGGAUUGAUUGGCCCUGGCGGGGAUACUUUUAUUUUUUCCUGAGUUUCAGUGAUGACUCCUGCUGGAUAGAACCUUUUGAAAUGUAUGUGACUGAAGCAUGGCAUUGCUUAGCAGAGAAGGAACUUGUGCUUAUUGCAAACUUAAAUGGAAGACGGGGAAUGCCAUUUGCCAGUCACUGAGUAUAUUCAAGGUGCGUUUAGACAGGUUUCGAUGGGUGAGCGAGUCAAGAGUUAUUGCGUGUUUGUGUGUGUGUGUGUAUUUGUGUGUGGGACCUGUUCCACUCGUACCUCCUCCCCCUCUGCCAGCAACGUAAGGAAAAUACUGUUUUCUAGCUCCUCGCAAUUCUGGAGGAGUCAUUCUGGAUUCGAAAUUUUAACUCUCUCUAUCUCUCACUCUGCAGAUGCUGCCAGACCUGCUGAGUUUCUCCAGCACUCACUGUUUGCAUUUUAUGUUAUUAGCCCUUAGUAUGCUGGAGAUAAGAAGCUUAAUAACCCCGACCCCCAUCUCGGACAAGAUUCACCUUCACAACCAGGGGCACAGGCUAACGCUGUGGGGACGCAGGUUCAAAUCCUGUCACGGCAGCUGGGGGAUUUUAAGUUCAUUUAGGUUCAGACAGAGCUGAUCCCAGUAAGGGUGAGGAUGACGACAAUCAGCUAACAUGGAGUGUUGUUCACAAAUACCGUUUAGGGAAGGAAAUCUGCCCUCCUCCCUCAUAUGCUCAUCAGGUCUACUUGUGAUGCUAGGGUAAGGAAAUUGAUUCUGAAUUGCUGUCAGUUCAAGGGCUCUGGGCAGCAUUUUGCCAUGACUGAAAGAAGAAAAAUCAGACCAGUCUGCAACCUUGUAGAAUGGCAGAGUUGGUUUAAAGGACCCUACCCCUGCCCCUAAUCCUUAGGACCACUUGUAUGACCCUCCUCCCCAUUACUGUUACCACCUGCCCCAGGUGCCACCUCUUUUGCUGAGUGUGCCCAAUUCACUGAAAAUGCAUGGGCCAGGGCAUCGACGUUUCUAAGUGUAACAAAUGCAAAAUCAGUCUCUGACAAAGAUGCAAAUUGGGUGCCGACGGGACCAUCAGCUCUCCUUCCACACCAUAUUCGACGGUCAGCAGGGAAAGACAAUCAGGCGGGAUGCAGUAAUGGGUGGUCGAUUGGAGACCUCAACCCAUGGACCAAUUUCACACCCAUCCUGAAUGUGCUGCAGAGCCC